ACAAAUUGCAACUGGGAGAUCACACUCCAAAUGGAUUUCAACUGAGCCCAUAGUUCUGUUCUCCUACCUCACCUGAACCCACCCACUGGAACUGAGUAGUCAACCCAGCCUAUAAACCCCCUGGGUUUAAGAGAAAAUUAGGGGUGCAAAUAUAUAAAUACUUGUUCUAUGAAUAAACUUCUCCAAAGAGACUGAAAUCGUCAGAUAAAUAGGGUUAGGCCUCGGAAGUAAACACCUGUAGGCUUGGAAAUUCUGCAUAUGUUAUUCCUUCAGAUCUUUGCCUUAGUAUCACAAACAAGUCUUUUUUUCUCUUAAUCCCACCAGAUAACCAGCUUAUAAAUGAAAAGCAUGCAGAUGAAAAGCCUGUGAGAAGUAUUGUUAUGAGUACUGUCGCAGAAUUCAGCAUCGCAGAUGCUUCAUCAAAGGAAACCAAAAAUGAGAAGAAAUUGUCAAACGCAAGCAGAUCAUCCAUUGCUUCCCUGGAGAAAUGCAGAGAGUUCACCUACAUCGAAGAUGAUGCAUCAGUACGUCAGAGAGACAGCGAUGAUGAAUGCGCAACACUUAUCCUGGCCUGCUUGUUCUGCCAGUUUUGGGACUUUCUUAUAAUGCUGCCUGAUACCUGUGAACAUUGGCUGACAGAUACCUGUUGUCCAUCCAAUAGAUACUACCAGACUUCCAAUGAAGACCACUCCAACAACGACUGCAACUGUGACUGUGACAUUGAUUGCAGCCUUUUUGAGUCCUGCCAUGAGACUGGUGAAUGCCUGGAACUUGCCAUGGAGAUUUCUGAAGUUUGCUAUCGCUAAUAGGAAAAUAUUAGACACAAUUCCUGAAAAUUGCCUGGAAGGAAAAUGGCAGAGUACAAAGGAGAUUUUUUUAUUAUUAUUAUUUAUUAAUAACAAAAAUAACCAGAGUUUUUGCCAACCAGGACUAUGUGCAUCAUGCUGCUCCCACCCUGGAGGUCUGUAUAUCUGUACCAUACUGAUUGUACAAUAAUAAAGGGCAAAAAAGGGUCUUCUCCUUUGCCAUAGACAACAAGAGAAUUCCUAAGUGCCAAGCGUACUCAAUGCUUUAUCCACUUUCAAUGCAAUGCUUUUAUAAACCCUUAAUUGCUUUAAACAUGGAUUUUCCCCAUUCACAAACACAGGACAAAUUAGGACAUUCUUUUAGGACUGAUAUAUACUAGUUCAUCUUCCUAAUGGAUUCAUACAUAAACAUGUAUUACACAUUGUUGGUUAUUAUUAAUAAUGUAUGAUACAGCAUCAUUUUAUAAUUAAAAAUUUAUUUAUUCAAUCUCUUAAAACACACUUAUAUGCUCAGUUUAGGUAGAAAAGAAAAUUAAAUGAAUUAGAAACCAUGCUAGCUGUAAUUACAGCAAAUGUCUCUAAAAAUCUCCAGUGAAUUUUGUAGAGGAGGCAUUUUAACAGGGUAGUGCAAUUCGACAGCGUAUUAAUGUGCGUGCCUAUGGUUAUGUAAUAACAGGUUAUGCCUAUUGUUCAUUAGUUAUAGGAAAGGGCUCCUUAAGUGUAAUUAGCCUAAAUGGGAAUUGACUGCACACUUUCAGAGGAGAAUUACCCUAUGGAUAGCCAGUAACUCCUUUGCCUGAUUUUCAUCUGUAAGAAUUCUGCAAGCAGCAGAAUAUUGCCAUCUACUCUAGUGGAAACAGGCAUCUCCACCUGCGCACAAAAGAUUACAAAAUGACAGUAUCUAUCCUGGUUGUGCUUUCAAACUCUCUCUAUCUCUUUUCUGAUGGCAGGUCUGAUUAAUAAAAAGGAAAUACAUAUUGCACAUUACACAUAUGACAACAAAAGCAUGUAAAUUCAGCCGCCUCAGGGUGCAGAACGAUUGCAUUAAGCACAGAGGAAAAUACAGAGUUGCUUGCUCACAUUAGAUAUUUAUAGACUAACACCAAAGACCAUGUUUGCUUUGUAUAGUCACUAAAAGUUCUCCCUAAAACCCCACUGAUCUCAAUGCAGAAUUGCCUGGGGAAUCCCAAACAAGAAUCCUGGACAAGAUGCCAGGACACUCAGCUUUGCUGAAAUCAUUGAAGCCACUUGUUUAAUAAUCCGAGUCUCAAAUCUCUAGUCCUGACACACAAAUAUUUAAUGAAUGGAAACAAAGACUCAUGUGAAUUUCCAUCCUCCCACCCCCUUCUGGAAAUUCAUGCUUUCAGAAAAUUGGAAGUAAGAAGGAGGUAGAAACGCUAACGAUCUUUGUCAGAUAUCUUACAAAGCUUAGUGACCUCUUAGCAGAUUAAACGCCUUUUUUUUUUUAUAAUAAAUAAAAAAUGAGGUGGCUUUGAGGACAAUGAACCUUAGAAGCGCAGCAAACAGCCCAGCAUACCUUGUUUCUGUACUCCUUCCAGGAUAUUGAUGGGGAGUAGGAUAGCUUUGCUUCUUCUAAUGGCAACAUCCUUUGUGAGUUGCAGUCACCUGAAGGAACAAAGUCAUUAGUGCUUAAUUGUCGUACCUGUGCCAGCCUGCCAGAUGCGGUGGGACCCAAACACAGAAAGUGCUCACCACCACCAUCUGCGAGGCUCUGAAUUUGUGCACCCUGGGCUGAGCAAUGCUGAUUUUUAACGCUUCAGUUUGUAUUCUCCCACGUGUUUUUGAUCUUAAACCUGGCCAUACCAUGACUAAACUGUCAGGGCAACAUACUGGGAGUUGGCCACAGGCUUGGAUCAGUCCACAUCUUGCUGCCACAGGUCAUCUUCGACAAGUUGGCAAGCAGACACGUGUGACUACAGACACUGACCAAAACCAGUUAAGAGUCAGAAAAGGAGAAAUCUUGCCCCACAUAUCAUUUCUGAGAGGAGUACCAAUACACACAUCAGUGAUGCACACAAUACUUGCUGCUGAUGCUGCCAUCCAAAACAGUGGGAUUUCAUACGUGCAAGAGCUGGAAGGAGCCUGAGAGGAAACCAGUUCUCUUCAACUGUUUUCAGAGUAAUCAUUAUCAAAAAAAACUUCAUGUUGUAAUCCAUUGGUUGGCAAACUGAGGUCAUGUCUAUUAUAGGGCAUGGGUAAGGUCAAAGACAGAUUUACAAUGGACAUGACCAUAGCCAUGGCUAGACAGGAUAUCCGAACAAUAUGAAUUGAAUUACACUGUGAAAAAUAUUAAAAACUGCUGAUGUCAUGAAUAGGGGUGUUUUAAACAGUGCAGCAAUAUCUUCUUGACUAAAGUAUACAAAGACACAUUGCUCAGUUUCCUGUUUUAGGAAGUAGAUUUUCAGUGGCCUUCUGUAUAAGCAACAAAAUCUUGAAAAAUGUGUUAAUACUUUUUUUCCAUAUUUAAUGGUUUUCAUACCUUAUUUCAUGUAGCAGAGGAGAAGCAGCUGCUCAUGACGACUUUGUUUUCUGUAAAACUGCUAAUUGUACUGUUAUACUUUCAUGACACAGGGACCACUCAAUACACUGAUUGAAAGUCAGAUUUUUUUUCCAUUAAGCAUUCCAGAAACUGGAUUUCCUGUUUGGAGAGCCACCCU